AGGAUCUAGAAAUAGAGCGCAGAGAACAGCUCUACCUCACUUUCCUCCUCAAUAACAGGUCUACUUUAUUCACUUCUGGAGCGGAGGACAGCUCUGUGGAUGUGUCGGUACGGCACGGAACGACCGGGAGAGAGUUUAACACGUUGCUUUGCUUCUCUACCGGUUAUUAACACGGUAGAAGCUGCGCGCUAUGGCCGCAGAGUGCUCCCAGGAGGCCAUCCGGGACUUUGGUGAUGACGUAGGAGGUGAUAUGCUACCUGGAUCGGGUUGCGGAAGUGACAGCCAGGUGAGAGUUGUGAGCUCUGCUGCCGUUUCACCGGACAGAACCGGGGACAGCACGGUGGUGGCUUGUGACAACACAGGUGAGGAGGACGCGGACCAGGUGCGUCCAGGUGAGAUGGGAAACAGAGCGAGCUUUAAAAGAGACAAGAGGGAGUCCAGGAAGGAGCGUGACAUACCUGAGAUUAUUCUGAUAGGAGCUUCGCCUCUCCCUGCGGAGGGAUCCAUGUUCACCCUGCCUGGGCCUGCACCGACUAGUCCUACAGAGGAAGCAGAGCAGGUGGAGAUCAGGAAGGUUGUCCUCAGACACCCGGAUGAAGUGGACACACACAGCUUGUCUGGGAGCGAAGGCAGUCCCAAAGGCAGCCGGAAGCACUUCAUCCAGGUGAUGAUGAGCACCUCCCCGCAGGUGAGGCGGAGCUUGGUGCUUCGCCGCUCCGUCCACCUGGCCUCGCCCACCGGAAACGACGACGACUCCGUCUCCCUGGACGAGGACAGGACCCCGUUGGCGCUGGACCCGCUGGAGCACGAGUGGAUGAUGUGCGCCUCGGACGGCGAGUGGGGCGGCCUGUGCCAGCUGCUGGCCGCCGAGCCCGGCCUGGUCCUGAAGAAGGACUUCGUCACCGGGUUCACCUGCCUGCACUGGGCGGCCAAGCAGGGCAAGCCGGAGCUCAUCGCGCGGGUCGUCGACUUCGCCAAGCGGCACGACGUCCCCGUCAGCGUGGACGUGCGCUCCAACACGGGCUACACGCCGCUGCACGUCGCCGCCAUGCACGGCCACAUGGAGGUGGUGAAGCUGCUGGUGGGGGCGUACGGCGCGGACGUGGAGGUCAGAGAUCACAGCGGGAGGAAGGCCUGUCAGUACCUCACCAACAACGUCAGCGUGGACAUCCAGGACAUCAUAGGAGCGUACGAGAGCUCUGACACCCACAACGAAGACUGCAGGGAUGGAGGUCGCUGGAGGUUCUCCAAGGUCCUCCAGUCUAACCUGAAGCCCCUCAGGCUCCUCGUCCCCAACGACUGGGACUCUGUGGACGGGGAGGUCCAACCCAGAUACAAAGUCCUCAGGAGGAAGUCUUCACUCGGCAGGAUGAAGCCCAAGCUGCAGAGGCUCCGCUUGAGAACGUCGCAGAUUGUCCACAGCACGACGUUCCGCGACACCGAGGAGCCGGAGGGCUCCGGGACAGGGUCCUUCAAGUCCAGGCCCAAGACCCAUUUCUUUGGCUGAGAGGACAGGAAGGGUGGACGGGGAUGUCUACAGAAUGAUUGCAAAAAUGUGGCACUGAAAGACUGGGCUAGAGAGCGUGGAGCGGGGGGGUUAAUAUAUCUGGGCUGAUGUUUUUAUUGCAGGUGGAAGUUGAUCUCUAAAUGUGAUCUUAUUAUGCCAUAUAAUCAGUGAGUUGAUAGGCGGGAACAAAUCUGACAAUCAAAUUGUCCCAUUUAGACUCAACCGUGGUAAAGGUCUUCUCAUCAACUAGUCUAAUACACUCAUGUUCAUCACAUCAGAUCACCUUGCAAACAGGCGUUGUCCCACAGUGUAUUAUAUACUUGGGUCCACAGCAGAGCUGUCCAGGCAGCCUCAGGGCUCAUCUGAUAUCUGUCUCUGCUAAUAGGACUAGUCAACAGGCGUGAACUCUAAGCCAUAACAGCCUUCAUAAUGUAAAGGAUACGGCUGUUGCCUGCACCAUCUGACACAGAUACACAUUGUAUUAAUGUUAAUCAGACUGCAGGUCAGCUGACACUAAAAGCCUCUUGACCUGAGUCUGUAAUCUGCAGGCCGGUGGCAUUAAGAGACACUUAACUACUGGUCUGCAUGGGCUACAUUUACUUUCAUCAUCCGUCCAGAGGAAAUAUAUAAAGCAUGCCUUGUUUAACCUGAGCUCUUUGGGUAAAGUAUGACCUCAGUCCUCCCUCUCUACAUUUAACCCCCCCUGGAUGUGCUGAAGCCAUCUGGAGAGGGCUAAAUCCUCUCAGCACUGAAGUUUACAGAACGGGCAUGUAGAAGAAUGUACUAUAGUUUAGGACAGGGGUCAGUAACCUUUACUAUGAAAAGAGACGUUUUAGGCAAAAA